GUCAAAUUCAAGAGGCUGCCGGCGAAUGUGCUUCAUGCACACCACUUUCAAGCGAAUUCCUCGUUGAAUUUCCCAACUCCGUGUAUGAAAGUUUCUUCGGAACCAUGACCACAAUUGUACCAGACACUUCCGAAUAUUGUGACGCUGCCAAGGAGAGCAUUUGUGAGAAUUACGAAGAAAACUCCUGCUGCUGUAAAAGUACAUUCGAUGACUGGCAGAAAUGUCUGAUCGAGGAGGAUGCUUCCGUCGCGGUCGGUCGAGUUUUCGAUCCGUGCAAAGGAACGUGCCCACCACCGCCACCGAAAUCCAAAUGCGAUGCCGAAGGGACAGCAUUUGUCCAGUGUCGGGCCUUGGACUCUGACGGUUACUGUGCCGCGUGUCCAUCGGUCGACGUCAGCACCCUCAAGAUGGACUUCCCCGAUGCGCUACAACAACAGUUCAUGUCAACUAUGGCUACCACGUCCCCUUCAGAUCCAGGAUUCUGCGGUAUUGCCCAAGAUGGGAUUUGUUCUGAUUAUGAGAACAACACUUGCUGCUGCGAACCCGAAUUCUCUGCUUGGCAGUCAUGCUUGGUAGAAAAGGAUUUUUCUCCCAAAACGGGGGUCGCUGUACCUUGCACCGUAUCUUGCCAAGCCAAAAAGGGUGGUGGAGGCAGUACUACCAUUAUCGUCGUUAUUGUCGUCCUUCUGAUCCUGGCUGCUGGUGUGGGUGGAGGAGGCUUUUGUUACGUUCGUAAGCGCCGUGCCGCCAUGAAUAUGAAAGGUGGCCAUGAUCUCAAAAAGAAAAACAAGCGGGGAAAUGGUAAGAAUAACAACAAGAAGAAGGGCGGGCGGUUUUCUUUCGGGCGUAAGAAGGGCGAUGAAGGUACAGAAAAUUCACGUGACAAGGGCGAAGACAUCUACGACGACGAAUACGACGGCGAUGACUACCAAAAUAGGUCACCGAGAAAUGGGAAGAGGAAUUCCAGGACUCCCAACAGCAAGAAGCGCAAUGACAGGAACAGAAGGAAAAUGGGCAGCUUCAAUGGUAGCGAUAUCGAAAAUGGCGGCCACCCCACAGACCUGUCGCUUUCGGAAUCUGAAGCUGGUGACCUCCGAUCGGAGGCACCCUCAAGGCGGUCCAGUCGCCGAGGCAAGAGUUUCGAAGACGAAGACAGUAUCUCCAACGACUACGGCCAUGGAAGCCGGGAUAAAUUCAGCGAUAGGGACACUAGAGACAGCAGUAGCCGAUCCAAAAGAUAUCUGAAAGAAAAGAAACGUUCUAUUGAGAACAAUCGUCCAGUGAAGUCGUACCAAUCCGUUGCUAGCGACGACGACGAUGUUUCACGCUUGGACAACUCCCGCAAUUUCGAUAAACGUGCCGACCGUUCGUCAUCUUCACCUGACUUACCUUCCAAGAUCAGAUCAAGCAAAAAGAUUUCGUCCCGAGAACUAAAGAAAAUCAUGAAAGAAAACCACGAAAGCUCUCGCCGUCUGACCGCCAUAGAAGACGAGGUUGCCGAUUACGAACGCGAACUCGCCAAGCGCGACGAAGAGGCAGAAAGGCUUCACCAAGAACGCGAGGAGCAAAGCCGCCGUAUCAAGGAACUGGAGGCCAAAAACGAUCGACUCAAGCAAAAAGCGGGAGGCAAGAAGUCGAAAAGCGGUCGAAAUCUUGAUCGCAACGUUAGUGAACGCAGCGAACGAACCGGUGGGAAUAGCCAUGACGAUUAUGGCGACAACAUCAGCGAGUACAGCAACCGGGGAAAAGGGAAGCGCAAUAGUAGCCGAAGAGUUGGAAUGGACUAUUACGAGGAGAACGAUGACGAUAACGACGACGAAGAUGACGAUGAAAGUUACAACAACUAUAACAAUAGUCGGCGAGGAUCAGUGAGCCGUAGCAGCCGAUCCAAGGCCAGCAUGAGGGAAGAUCCAAGUGGUAAUGUGUCCUACCGCGAAUCGCGCGGCAGUAGUCGCACCCGUCCUGAAAGAUCCCGCUCCAAGUCCGGUCGAACCCUUGAGCGCGCUGGUUCCCGUCGCCCACAAUCUAGGAGCCCCUCGUCCACCCGUAGUCUCGGAAAGCAGGCCUCGAGUCUCCGACAGGAGGCCAGCCGGCGAGAUAGCAUCAGACGAUCAAUGAGUGAUCGAGGAGACACGGCGCGCAAAGCAAGAUCCAAAUCUCCUCGAUCGUAUCUCCGCGAUGACGAUUAUUAAAAGAGAAAUUUCAAACCGAGGAAUUUGAUUACGUGGAAUCAUUCCACACAAUAAGUGCAUUCAAGAGUUUAUGAUAUAACAAAUACGAACUCUAUCCUUCGUAACUAAUAAUAAAAAGUGAUACAA